AUGUGGCCCCCACCUGAGAAUCAUGGGGAGAGGACGCCUCCAAUGCCUAGAUUGGUUGCUGUGGCUAUUGACAGGGAUAGGGGUAGCCAAAUUGCCUUGAAAUGGGCUGUUGACAAUCUUCUCGCCAAAGGCCAGACUGUGAUCUUGGUUCACGUCAAAGUGAAACACUCUUUCUCUGGAUUGGCCACAUCACCAUCUUUGCCUACCCCUUGGCCUAACCAUCCUUCAGAACCCGGUGAAGAAAAUGGGGAUGAUGUACAAUUAAAGGAUUUUUUCCUUCCUUUCCGAGUCUUUUGCACACGUAAAGAUAUACAAUGCUUUGAUGUUGUGCUGGAUGACACAGAUGUAGCAAAAGGUAUUAUCGAGUUCAUAAAACAAUCUGCAAUUGACGUGUUGGUUCUUGGUGCUACAGUGAAGGGCAGCAUCUUCAGCAGAUUCAAACCAAAAGACAUCCCUGGAAGCGUGUUAAAAGGUGCCCCAGAUUUUUGCACCAUAUAUGUGAUCCACAAAGGCAAGAUCUCGUCCACACGGGCCGCAUCCCGCCCGGCCCCAUCCAUUCUGAGCCCGAUUCGUCAUCAGAUACUGUAUCAAGCCAGCAGCAAGAUUUAUGGAUCCGAACAGCCACCAACUGCCUCCACCCCCAGUUCUAGAAGUUCAUAUUCAGGAUACUCGCGGCCAGGAUCUGAACCAUCACCGAGAGCGAGGCAGAUGGAGGCCAAUGCUAUCAAGUCCCCGUUCACUCAUAGGCGGGCUCCGAAUGGAAAAGCAUACGAAUUGUCUACACCAGAGACCGACAUAUCAUUUGUCAGCUCAUCCACUAGGAGAAGUGUCGACGCAUUCCCCACUUUCAGCGAUAGGUUUGAUGGGUCCCCCACUCCUCGGCUUUCUGGAUUCUCAGACGUUGAUCAUUCCGACGUGUGGCACCAGGGCCGCAAAUCGGUGGACAUCUUGAUCCCUCUUGAACUCCCUGCCUCUCCAGAGAAUGAGAGGGCAUUCUCGGCACAUACAAUGGAUGAAGUAGAAGCUGAAAUGAGAAGACUAAAGCAGGAGCUCAAGCAAACAAUGGAUAUGUACAGUACUGCAUGCAAGGAAGCACUAUCAGCAAGAGAGAAGGCAUUUUUUUUUAAAUUACCAAAAAAAGAAAAAAGAAAGAUACUCCAGCGCUGGAAAAUGGAAGAACAAAAGAGGCUAGAAGAGGCCCGGCUAGCGGAAGAAGCUGCACUUGCCCUAGCAGAGAGAGAAAAAGCCAAGUCCAAAGCUGCCCUCGAGCAUGCUGAGGCCGCCCAGAGGCUAGCCGAGCUGGAAGCCCAGAAGAGGAUCAAUGCAGAAAUGAAAGCCUUAAAAGAAGCAGAAGAGAAUAAUAGGAUGCUCAGCUCGUUGACUCAAUCAGAUGCUCGGUACAGGAGGUACACAAUCGAGGAGAUUGAAGUAGCUACCGAAUACUUUGCGCAGUCGAGAAAGAUCGGGGAGGGAGGUUAUGGGCCCGUCUACAAACUGGAUUUUUAUUAUGGGGAUUUUGUUUGUGAUAAAAUCAAUGAACAGGUGGAGAUUUUGAGCUGCAUACGGCACCCAAACAUGGUCCUUCUUCUGGGAGCCUGCCCCGAGUACGGCUGCCUCGUUUACGAGUACAUGUCCAACGGCAGCUUGGAGGAUCGUCUGUUCAUGCGCGCCAAUACCCCUCCUUUAUCCUGGCAGCACCGUUUCCGAAUUGCGGCCGAAAUCGGUACGGGCCUCCUCUUCCUUCACCAGGCCAAACCGGAGCCCCUCGUCCACAGGGACCUAAAGCCCGCCAACAUCCUCCUCGACCGCAACUAUGUCAGCAAGAUCAGCGACGUCGGCCUGGCCCGCCUCGUCCCCCCUUCCGUGGCCGACAACGUCACCCAGUACCGCAUGACAUCGACAGCUGGCACCUUCUGCUACAUCGACCCUGAGUACCAGCAGACAGGCAUGCUUGGGGUGAAGUCCGACAUCUACUCCCUUGGCAUCAUCUUCCUCCAGAUUCUCACGGGCAAGUCCCCCAUGGGUCUCACCCACCACAUCGACCGGGCCAUCAAACGUGGGGCCUUCAGGGAGAUGCUUGAUCCGCAUGUGCCUGACUGGCCACUCGAAGAGGCCCUUCUGCUUGCCAGGCUGGCUCUACAGUGCGCAGAGCUGAGGAGGAAAGACCGGCCUGACCUCGGGAAAGUAGUGCUCCCACAACUGAACAAGCUGAGGGAACUUGCAGAGGAUUCCAUGUCGAACGUGGUGCCAUACAUGGGAAACCCAUCCCCCAGACACAGUCAGGUCUCCUUGUCCAAAGAUGAUUUGAGUUUUCCAACAUCACCAUCCACACAGUCAAGCAUGGGGACCUGA